AUCAACGUUAAAUAUAUUAAAUUUAUGGUAUUUUUAAUAAAUUCUUAAAGUGAAAGUUAAACGAUUGACAAGAAAUCGUCCAAAAAUUGACAUACAAUGAGGCGAAAUGUGUUUAAAAAAUAUCGUAAUUAUGGCAGAAAGAAGGUAGCUUUAAAACAAAUAUUUAUUUUUUUGCACAAGAUAUAAUAAUAAUAAUAACAAUAAUAAUAUAUAAUAAUAAUAAUAGUAUUUCAACGUUUAUGCUAUUGCAUCACCAUAAUGUUGAUCUUACUCAUGGAAAAGGAGAUCAAGGCUAACCUCAACCAGUAAAUCAUUAAUACAUCUUCAUUUCCGGCCACGUAAAGGAAACACGAGAUUCUGACGCAACAAAGAGGAAGUAUAUGUCCUCGUCGAAUUUGUAGCUUAUAAAAGCGUCUGGACGAGGUCUGAUCUUUAAUAACCAUAUAAGCAUGUUCGAACGAUCUUUUAGACGAUUUGUUCUACUUUGUCUGUUCGUGAAUGCGAUCUCUGGAUCGCCACAGUUACGAAGGUGGGACGAAGAAGAGCAAACGAGAAAUCUGAGGCAUGCUUCCUGCCCCUCGUGUCGUCGAGAACGACCAGACACCCUGGUUUCAUGGGACACGUCCACAGGAGAGUAUCAUGGACUCGAGCCAGAAAGCAGUCCUUGGCAGAGCAGCGAACCAUUUAGACGUAACCCAAUCUUCCAGCAACCCUACAAUUCUCCAUUCAAUGACCCAUACGAUGGAGCCUCGUAUGAUAGAGCCAUCAGAAGCAGAGGGACCCCACCUGUCACUAAAUCAACAGCCACCUGCAAACGCGAGAAUCCCUUUACCAUCGGACGAGAUUUCGAUUUUGACGUGGCUCCUUCGCAAACCACCUCUAUUCACAGUAUAAAUAAUCCAGCAUCCUCGUACCAGUCUCAUUUCCCAGUUUCAAGAACUCCAAAUAGAACACCAUACAGAAAGCCUAAUUUCUAUGAUCUCAGCAAAGAGCAAUCUGAUUUGAUACCUUCGAGCAAAUUGUAUGCGAAUUAUGGCCUGACCAAUAGUGAGUCUUCUAUGAAUAGUUUAAGAAGACAAUCAAGUGCCUUAGCUAAUGAUGAAGAAGUUUUGAGAAACCUCGGAGCGGAGAAGGAGUUUAGCGUGAGCACAGGACCUGACAAGUAUUUUGGAGAUUAUGGCUUGUCUAAUAGUCAGUCUGCUUUUGGUAAUCCAAGGAAAUCUUCGAAUUUUGGAGUGAGGAAGGACUUUGAGACGAGCUUCAAUAACGAGCCUUCAUCUAAUAAUUUCAGAAGACCUUCGGGUCUGUCAAUCAGUAAUGAAGAAUAUUUCAGGAAUUUUGGAACGAGGAAGGAUUUUGGAAUGGGUAAAUAUUUGCCUGGUUCCAAUAACGAACCUUCUUUCAAUCAUUUCAGAAAACCAUCCAGCCUGUCAUCUGAUAAUGAAGAUUUGGGAAAUUUCAGAUCGAAGAAGGAUUUUGGAAUGAGCUCUAGGUCUGAUAGGUAUUUUAGUGAUUCCUUUAUACACAGCAAUCCUAUGAGUCAAUCUAGCCAGCAUUCCAAAACUCAAGUUAAUCAAUAUUUUAAAGUUCAACCUAACCAGCAUUUCAAACCUGAACCUAUCCAAUAUCCUAAAACUGAAUUUAACCAGUAUUCUAAAGUUCAACCUAGUCCAUAUAUCAAGCCUGAACCUAUCCGAUAUUCAAAACCUGAACCCAUUCGAUAUUCCAGACCUGAACCUGUCCGAUAUUCCAAACCUGAACCUGUCCAAUACUCCAAACCUGAACCUGUCCAAUAUACUAAACCUGAACCCAUGAAAUACUUCAAACCUGAAUCUAACCAAUAUUCCAAAGCUGAACCUAUGCAAUACUUCAAACCUGAAUCUAACCAAUAUUCGAAAGCUGAACCUAUGCAAUAUUUCAAACCUGAAUCUAACCAAUAUUUCAAAGCUCAAACCAACCAAUAUUCCAAAGCUGAACAUACCCAAUAUCCUAAAAUUCAGUCCAACCAACAAUCUGCAGUGGGAAAUCCUAGAAUUCCUUAUGAAAGAGAACCAAAAGUAGUGCGGUCCCAAUUUGUCCAAUCUCAAAGGACCCAGACAUCAGAUGAUAGCAGACAGAUCUAUGCUCCAGAAGUAAAACACAGUUCCUACGAUAUUCCAGGGGAGUUGAACGUGUUCAGGACGACGCAGAAGGUUGUUGGAGAUGGCGUCGAGAUUGUUAAUAGUAGCAGAUGGGAGAAGCAAUUGGAGAAACAAGAAGAUCAGGAGUCUUACGAGAUCGAUGAAAAUGGUGAGCAGAUGGGAGCUGAGAUGGUGGAGCAGAUGGAUGACAGUUAUCAGGGUAAUGAACAACUGGAAUCUCGCGAGGCGAUGCAGCAGGAAGAGAUUAAGAGGAAAGGAGACAUCACGAGCGAAGAUAAUAAUUCUAGGGACAAGAGUGGAUUCUCGGGGAACAGGUCCUUGGGCGAAGAUUCCCCGAAGACUAGAUUGAUGCAAAUGGAGACGAUGGGAGACGACGAUGUUCCUGAAGAAAGCACGAUAGAGACUAUGAGUGGUGUUUGAUAGUUUGGAAACGAUAAUUGAUUAGAAUUGGACAUUAUUAACGAAGACUGGAAUAAAAAUAAAUUUGUUCGAGGAAUUUUUUCAGAAUUCGAAUAAAAUUUUAUUCGAAGAAUUCUAUGGUUCGAAUGAAAUUUUAUUUGAGGAAUUUUUCGAUAUAUUAAUAUUUAAUAAAAAGCGGUUAAUUAUUUGACAAUCAUCUAGAUAAAAUUUUAUUCAAGAAAUUAGUUAUAAUUCUUGGGCAAGUUCGUUUUAUUCGUGCGCUUUAUUUGAAAGUUAUUUGAAAACAAUUUUACUCGAGUCAUCUUCGAAUAAAAGCUGCGAAUGAAAAACGAAGUUACUUGAAAAUGACGAAUAAUUUUUUAUAAAAACAUUAUUCGUUAUUGAUCUCGAGAUUUUAUUUGUUACACGAAAUAAAAUAUGCCAAAUUCCUGGUUUACGAGCUUUAUAAUUGCUUUACGAGCAAAAUAAAAAUAUUAGAAACUACCUGACUUUUGUACAAAAUAUUUCUAUGAAGUUUGUAUUAUAAUAAGAAUAUUAUACCCAUUAAAUUAUACCAUGUGUGAAACAUCCUGUAUACUUCUUCGUAUCUUCAUUACAUAGUUCAGAUUCUAGGGAAUUAUUUUUACAGAAGCUAGUGAAUAAUGUGGUUGUUAGAUGAAAAUUUGAAGAGUCGCUUUUGAUGGAAUAAAUUCUCAUAGAAGGUGUUUUUCUCUUGCAACGUUUAUCCUCUUAUUUAUUUUUGCGUUACGUACUGUUUGGAAUAAUAGCCUGAAAGGUUGGACUAAAAAUGGAAAUUAGU